AUGCUGAAUCGGCUCGUGGUUCCGCGAGUCAACGGAUCCGCCCAUGCCGGAGUCUGGGAGUUGUGGGGUCAGAACGCGGCCGGUUUUCUGUCCACCAGUUGCCAGGUGAUGGUGAAUCGAAUCGUGAGUCCGGCCGACGUGCAAGAGGAGAAUGUGGUUGCUGUGACACGGCCUUCUUCCGGGCGGACGGACCAGACGUCGAGGCCGGCGCCGGAGGUCCGACUGGAGCCGUCGACGACGCCCACAAGCCAGGCUCGUGUGACCAUCGUCAAGCAGAGCAUCGAGCAUCACCUCGGACCGGUAGCAUCGCCGCCGGUGCUGACGCGCUAUCCACUCGACUUUCUCGACGACGAGCUGUCGACGGAGACGAAGAGAACUGAACCGUCGGCCUCGUUCAUGCAUCCGGCCUCGGGCCGACGCACCCAACUCUGCUUCUCGAACACGGUCGUCGCGGCGCCGCCCGAGUUCUUGACCAUGUUCAACGACCAGAUCUGCCGGUUGGGCGAAUUGGUCCGACUCGACUGUCAAGUGGCCGGAGUGCCGACACCAAAGGCAAGUGGACCGAUUCGAAGCACAGAUUUGCUUGCAACAACGUUGCCGAGUGGUCGGCUUCACUUCAUUUGGCGUCGUGACGCCGUUUCGUGGCGCCAUUUUGGCAGUCGCCAUGUUUCCCCAUCGACAUUCGACUUGACCGCGUGUUCACAACUCGCCGCUGACCCUCGCGGUCAGACGAAUGCGAGACUGAGACGAGUGGCCAGUCAAUCCGAGCCAUUUUGCCUCUUUCUGUAUGCUUGA